AUGAGCUCUUACUUUGUAAACUCGUUCUCAGGGCGCUACCCAAAUGGCCCCGACUAUCAACUGCUAAAUUAUGGACCGGGCAGCGGUACAUUGGGGGCGUACAGGGAUCCUUCCACGGCCGCGCAUCACGCGACUGGUUCUUACGGCUAUGGCUACAAUGGAAUGGACUUGACGGUCGCCAGCCGGGGAGGUGGCAACACCAAUGCCUCAAACACCGAAGGACACUUUGGAAGAGGUUCGGUCGUCGGGGACGCUCGGAGCUUUAGCCCCCUGGACAGCGAGAAGAGUUUCAGGCAGUCGUCCAGCUGUUCCAUCGCCUCCAUGAGAGACCCCCUCUCGUCAACGAAUUGCGAAGACAGUAAGCAGAGUAGUCGGAGCUCGUCUCCCCUCUCGGAACAAACAGGAAGCGGGCUUCUUCGCUCCCUCAACCUGCCCUCACCCACGUCCAGCGGGAGAGCGACGCAGCGGUUCACGGAGCUGAACGAGAGUGCAGCGGAAGCGGAUGAAAUGCAGCACAUCCACUCGGCCGAGGGCGAUCACCAAACACAACCGGCGCAGAAACAAGAGGGCGGCCAGGCGGCCGGCUCAAACCCGGGCAGCACGACGGGCAGCGAGUCUCCACAGAUAUUCCCCUGGAUGAGAAAGCUGCACAUUAGCCAUGAUAUGACGGGCCCCGACGGGAAACGUGCACGGACGGCGUACACCCGCUACCAGACACUCGAGCUGGAGAAGGAGUUUCACUUCAACCGCUAUCUGACGCGCAGGCGGCGGAUUGAGAUCGCGCACACGCUUUGCCUCACGGAGCGGCAAAUUAAAAUCUGGUUCCAAAAUCGAAGGAUGAAAUGGAAGAAGGACAACAAACUGAAAAGCAUGAGUCUUGGCACUGGCGGGCCAGCCUUCCAACCUUAG